AGAGACUAUAAGUAGGGUAGCUCCGGCGGCUUCAACUCUGACCCUACUCAGGUCUGUUCCUUUUCCUCCAUCAUGUCCGGACGUGGCAAGCAAGGCGGCAAGGCCCGCGCCAAGGCCAAGACUCGGUCAUCCCGGGCCGGCCUCCAGUUCCCGGUGGGCCGCGUGCACCGCCUGCUCCGCAAGGGCAACUACGCCGAGCGGGUCGGCGCCGGCGCGCCCGUGUACCUGGCUGCCGUGCUGGAGUACCUGACGGCCGAGAUCCUGGAGCUGGCGGGCAACGCGGCGCGCGACAACAAGAAGACGCGCAUCAUCCCGCGCCACCUGCAGCUGGCCAUCCGCAACGACGAGGAGCUCAACAAGCUGCUGGGCCGCGUGACCAUCGCGCAGGGCGGCGUCCUGCCCAACAUCCAGGCCGUGCUGCUGCCCAAGAAGACCGAGAGCCACCACAAGGCCAAGGGCAAGUAG